CGAGACACCAAUAUGGAGCCCGAGGACUUGCCGUGGCCGGGUGAGCUGGAGGAGGAGGAGGAGGAGGAGGAGGAGGAGGAAGAGGAGGAGAAGGAGAAGGAGGAGCCGGAGGACGAGGUCGUGAUGGUAGAGGAGGUGGAGGGUGAGGAAGAGCCGGAGUUGGACCCUGACUUUAAUUACGAGUUCCAGCGUCAGGAGAGCACGGACGGAGAGGAGGACGAGGACGAGGAGGCCAAAGCCUGGCUGCAGGCGCCCCCCGCCCGAGCCUCGCCCCCGUGGCGCCGCUACCCGGAGGGCGAGAGGGCCUGCGCGGAGAAGGUUGUUCCAUUGACCUGUCAUGUAUGGCAACAGUCACUAAAUCAAGGCAAUAAUAGAACACAGAUUUCCAAAACUAACGUGGUCUCUUUGGAAACAACUCAGUGGGGAUCUGGAGAUGAUCAGAAAACGGAAUCUUGGCAUUGUCUUCCUCAAGAAACGGACUUUUCCCAAACCUUGGAUACAUCCCAGACCAGGUUUAAUGUGAGAGAGGAAGGGGCUGAAGUAACAGACUUCCCCUCUCUGGAGGAAGGUAUAUUGACCCAGUCAGAAAAUCAAGUGAAGGAACACAACAGAGAUUUCUUAUGUUCUCCAUUGCUAGUCAUACAAGACAGCUUUGCUUCUCCUGAUUUGCCUUUGCUGACUUGCGUGACAGAAGAUCAAGAGUUUGGACUUGAUUCCCUAUUUCACCAAAGUGAACUAGAUUUUGCACCUCUGAGGGCAGUUCCUGAUAGGUCUGAAGACACUGAAUGGUUUUCUCGACCAUCUGAAGUUAGUGAAGCUUUGUUCCAGGCAACCUCAGAAGUAGCUUCAGACUUUGUUAACAGCUGCUUUAGUGUAUCUCAGCACCCACUUAUAGAUAGUACAGUUGUAGAGUCUCAGCGCUCUCUUUUACCUCUUGAACAAGAGAAUAAUGAAGAGGCCAUUUCGUCUAAUACAGUUGAUGAACUGAAAACCCCCAAAGACUGUGAUGCUCUUUAUUCAUAUAUGUCAUUGAAGACACAAGAAGUUGUACAGCAGCCAGAAACCAAUUUAGCUGGUAAAGAUCAGGUUUCUUUCUCAAGUUCAUCUGAUAUCAGUGAUGAAAUCAGAACUACCAAAAGAAGUGAUAGUUUUGAUGCUUGUUCAUAUAUGCAGUGUUGGAAACAGGAAGCUUUUCAGCAGUCAGAAACAUGUAAGGACCAUGAUUCCUUUUCAGAUUCAUCUGACACAAUUGACGAAAAUGAAGUUCCCACGGGAAGUAACACUUUUGGUGUCCCUUGUUCACACAUGCCAUGGUGGAAACAGGGAACUUCACACCAUCCCAAAGCGUGUCCAACCAGUACGGACCAUGUUUCCUUUGCACAUGAAGUUGCCUCUCGUUUUAAUAAUAAAAUGUCGAAUUCUGACUUACAUUGUUUGUUGGAAAGAAGAGGAGAAGAGGUUUUCUUGACAUCUGAUAGCCAUUAUUUUGAGAGUGCUUAUUUAAGAAUUUCAGCUGAGAAUGAGGUGAAACAAAAAAUGGAUUCUUUGGAGGGUUAUGAAAGAAAUGAAGAAGGGCUAGGGGAAGAAUUAUCUCAACAUUUUGAACAAAAGGAGACUGGAAAUGACUUAGUAUCUUCAGGAGUACAUCCCAGAUCUUCAGAAAUACAGCUUACUGGGAAUGAUGCAGUUCCUGAUAAUUCUGUAAAAGUUUCAGAAGCUUACAUACUCUCCACAGGACAUGUUACCUUUAAGAUGGAGGUUUCUGGUGGUCCUCUUCAGACUGUUAAGUCCAACUUGGGUGAGACACCAGAACAACUAUAUUUUCAAGAGGAUAGAAACCAAAAGGAAACUUCCACCUUGGGUGGGAAGAGUGUUGAUGCUACUGAAAAUGUAGCCUUUGAGGCAGUUAUUGCCUCUAUUGAGCCUUCAGAGAAGGAGAGUACAGUAAAUGAAAUCCAAACCGAUAUCAAUAAAUCUUUAACAAAUGACAGCCAAGAAAGAGAACCAAAAAACCCAGAUCUUCCCUUAUCAAAUUAUAAUGAUGAAAAAUCUUUACUUGAUCAGCUUAGUUAUCCACUCUAUCAGUCUACUCCUGGGGUGUUUGAACCAGCACCUUCAAAACCACUGUUGCAUAAAAAAGAUGUUGAUGAUAGUUCCUUGUACUGGCAUCCUAAUUUAAAAUCACACUCUAAUGCUCAAGAAAUGCUUAAGUCAUCUGCUCUUUUAAGUGAAAAAUCUGCUCACAGACAGACUGUUGGUUUUGACAAACUACAGCCGCCUUUAAUUCAGGGUGACAUCGGCAGUGAACCAUUUCUUCUCAUUGGGAAGAUAAAGUCUGUUUCUGCUCUUGACCUUGCGGAGAAGACGGAAUCUUUAAACAUUCAUCCAGUAAAAGUAUCAACUUCAGAUUCUUUGAUUUUACAAGGAUUAAAGCAGCAAACCUCUGAUGAAGUUGCAGAUUCAUCAAACUAUACUUUCGAGCGCCUGCAGGGGAAGACUGAGUCUGACAUCAUUUCUCUGGACGAUGAUGCUGAAUGCCGUAUCCUAGAUGAACAUGCAGUGGUGGGCAAUGAAAGAGCUGCUGAUCUACUAAGAGAGGUAGGUCGCUCUGAUCUGGACAUUAAUCAGUCUUUUUCAUCUACAUUGCCUCCAUUUGUUCCUCAUGAGCCAACCAGAGAGCCAGAAUAUCACUCUUCAGAUCUCAGGAUGUUGAGAGUAUCUCCUGAGACUGUGGCAAAGACUCUCAGACAUUUAGCAGGAGAUACUACUGAAGGAAGCACAGAUGAAAUUACUCAAACCAACUUGAAAUCAGGCAGCACUACCACUUCCGGAGACUCAGACAUUAGAUCUAAUUUGUUCUUGCAUACUGAGGACUUGCCUCAGUUGAUUGUAAGGUCCACUCAACAGAAGACUAUUGGUCAACAUACUGAUAUUUUCUACCAACAGACUUUGCCAGAUAGUCGUCUAAGUGAACAGACUUUGGAAGUUUCAGCUGUACCUGCACUGGCAAACCAAAAGACUGGGAUACCAACAGUACCCCCUAGUUCCCACUCAUAUAGAGAGAGGCUUAGUACUUUGUAUCAACAAGAGUUGCCAGACAGUCGUCUAACUGUUGAAGCUCUGAAAGCUUUAGCUGUUCCUGGACCAGCUGACCAGAAUACUGAGAUAGCAAGAGUAACCUCUAGUUCCUACUCACAUAGAGAUAAGCCCAGUAUAUUCUACAAACAGGCGUUGUCAGACAGUGGUCUAAGUGAAGAAGCAGUGAUUCUUUUAGCUGCUCUAGGACCAGAUGCCCAGAAGAUUGGGAUACAAACAAUGCCCUCUGGUUCCUACUCACAAAGAGAGAAGCCCACUACUUUUUACCAACAGAUGUUACCAGGUAGUCAUCUAACUGAAGAGGCUCUGAAAAAUUCACCUAUUCCUGGACGAGCUGACCAGAAGACUGGGAUACCGGAAGUGCUCUCUAGUUACUACUCACAAAGAGAGAAGCCCAGUACUUUUUACCAACAGUUGUUAUCAGAUAGUCAUCUAACUGAAGAGACUCUGAAAAGUUUACCUGUUCCUGGACCAGCUGACCAGAAGACUGGGGUACCAACAGUGCCUCCUAGUUACUAUUCAUAUAAAGAGACACCUGAUAGUUUCUUCCAGCAGUCAUUACCAGAGAGUCAUUUAACUAAAGAGACUCUCAAAACUUCAGCUGUUCCUGAACGACAUAACCAAAACACUGGGAUACCAAGCGUAUCCCCUAGUUCCUACUCACAUAGAGAGAGGCCUGGUACUUUCUACCAACAGGUGUUAGCAGAUGGUCAUCUAACUGAACAGGAUCUGAGAAGUUCACCUGUUCCUGGCAUACCACCUGCCCAGAAGCCUGGGAUACAAACAGUGUCCUCUAGUUCCUACUCACAAACAGAGAAGCCUGGCGUUUUGUACCAGCAGACAUCGCCAGAUAGUCUCAUAACUGAAGAGGCUCUGAAAGGUUUAGCUGGUCCUGGACAACCUGACCAGAAGUCUGGCAUACCAACAGUACCCUCUGGUUUCUACUCACAUGGAGAGAAACCUGAUACUUUCUACCAACAGGCAUUACCAGGUAGUCAUCUAACUGAAGAGGCUCUGAGAAGUUCACCUGUUCCUGACAUAUUAGCAGCCCAGAAGACUGGGAUGCCAACAGUGUCCUCUAGUUCCUACCCACAAAGAGAGAAGCCUGGUGUUUUCUACCAGCAGACGUUGCCAGAUGGUCACAUAACUGAAGAGGCUCUGAAAGGUUCAGCUGGUCCUGUGCGACCUGACCAGAAGCCUGGCAUACCAGUAGUAUCUCCUAGUUCCUACUCACCUAGAGGGAAGCCUGGUACUUUCUACCAACGAGCAUUACCAGAUAGUCAUCUAACUGAACAGGCUCUGAGAAGUUCACCUGUUCCUGGCAUACCAGCUGCUCAGGAAACUGGGAUACUAACAGUGUCCUCUAGUUCCUACCCACAGAGAGAGAAGCCUGUUGUUUUCUACCAACAGACGUUGCCAGAUAGUCAUAUAACUGAAGAGGCUCUGAAAGGUUCAGCUGGUCCUGGACGACCUGACCAGAAGUCUGGCAUACCAACAGUAUCCCCUAAUUCCUACUCACAUAGAGAGAAGCCUGGUACUUUCUACCAACAGGCAUUACCAGAUGGUCAUCUAACUGAACAGGCUCUGGGAAGUUCACCUGUUCCUGGCAUAUCACCUGGCCAGAAGCCUGGGAUACAAACAGUGUUCUCUAGUUCCUAUUCACAAAGAGAGAAGCCUGGUGUUUUCUAUCAGGAGACAUUGCCAGAUAGUUAUAUAAAUGAACAGGCUCUGAAAGUUUCAACUAGUCCUGGACAACCUGACCAGAAGUCUGGCAUACCAAAAGUACCCUCUAGUUUCCACUCACAUGGAGAGAAGAAUGAUAGUUUCUACCAACAGACAUUACCAGGUAGUCAUCUAACUGGAGAGGCUCUGAGAAGUUCACCUGUUCCUGGCAUACCAGCAGCCCAGAAGACUGGGAUGCCAAUAGUGUCCUCUAGUUUCUACCCACAAAGAGAGAAGCCUGGUCUUUUCUACCAGCAGACAUUGCCAGAUAGUCAUAUAACUGAAGAGGCUCUGAAAGGUUCAGCUGGUCCUGGACUACCUGACCAGAAGUCUGGCAUACCAGCAGUAUCCCCUAGUUCCUACUCACAUAGAGAGAAGCCUGGUAUUUUCUACCAACAGGCAUUACCAGAUGGUCAUCUAACUGAACAGGCUCUGAGAAGUUCACCUGUUCCUGGCAUAUCACCUGGCCAGAAGCCUGGGAUACAAACAGUGUCCUCUAGUUCCUACUCACAAAGAGAGAAGCCUGGUAUUUUCUAUCAAGAGACAUUACCAGAUAGUCAUUUAAAUGAACAGGCUCUGAAAGUCUCAACUGGUCCUGGACAAUCUGAUCAGAAGUCUGACAUACCAACAGUACCCUCUAGUUUACACUCGCAUGAAGAGAAGACUGAUACUUUCUACCAACAGGUGUUACCAGAGAGUCAUCUAACUGAAGAGGCUCUGAGAAGUUCACCUGUUUCUGGCAUACCAGCUGACCAGAAGACUGGGAUACCAACAGUGUCCUCUAGUUCCUACCCACAGAGAGAGAAGUUUGGUGUUUUCUACCAACCGACGUUGCCAGAUAGUUAUCUAACUGAAGAGGCUCUGAGAAGUUCACCUGUUCCUGGCAUACCAGCAUCCCAGAAUACUGGGAUACUUCCAGCGUCCUCUAGUUUCUACUCACAGAGAGAGAAGCCUGGUGUUUCCUACCAGCAAACGUUGCCAGAUAGUCAUUUAAAUGAGCAUGCUCUGAAAGUUUCAGCUGGUCCUGGACAACCUGACCAGAAGUCUGGCACACCAAUAGUACUGUCUAGUUCCCACUCACAUGGAGAGAAGCCUGGUACUUUCUACCAACAGGCGUUACCAGAUAGUCAUCUAACUGAACAGGCUCUGAGAAGUUCAUCUUUUCCUGGCAUACCAGCUGCACAGAAGACUGGGAUACUAACAGUGUCCUCUAGUUCCUACCCACAGAGAGAGAAGCCUGUUGUUUUCUACCAGCAGACGUUGCCAGAUAGUCAUAUAACUGAAGAGGCUCUGAAAGGUUCAGCUGGUCCUGGACGACCUGACCAGAAGUCUGGCAUACCAACAGUAUCCCCUAGUUCCUACUCACCUAGAGGGAAGCCUAGUACUUUCUACCAACAGGCAUUACCAGAUAGUCAUCUGACUGAACAGGCUCUGAGAAGUUCACCUGUUCCUGGCAUACCAGCAGCCCAGAAGACUGGGAUACCAACAGUGUCCUCUAGUUCCUACCCACAAAGAGAGAAGCCUGGUGUUUUCUACCAGCAGGCAUCACCAGAUGGUUAUAUAACUGAAGAGGCUCUGAAAGAUUCAGCUGGUCCUGGGCAACCUGACCAGAAUUCUGGCAUACCAACAGUACACUUUAUUUCCCACUCACGUAGAGAGAAGCCCAGUACUUUCUAUCAGCAGACGUUACCAGAUGGUCAUCUAACUGAACAGGCUGUGAGAAGCUCACCUGUUCCUGGUAUACCAACUGAGCAGAAGACUGGGAUACCAACAGUACUCUCUAGUCCCCCCUUACAUAGAGAGAAGCCUGGUGUUUUCUACCAAAAGGUGUUGCCAGAUAGUCAUCUAACGGCAGAGGCCCUGAGAAGUUCACCUGUUCCUGGCAUGCCAGCUGACCAGAAGGCUGAGAUACCAGCACUAUCCUCUGGUUUCUACCCACACAGAGAGAAGCCUGAUGUUUUCUACCAACAAGCGUUACCAGAUAGUCAUGUAACUGAAGAGGUUCUGAGAAGUUCACCUGUUCCUGGCAUACCAGCUGACCAGCAAGCUGAGAUACCAGCCCUGUCCUCUAGUUCCUACCCACAGAGAGAAAAGCCUGGUGUUUUCUACCAACAGGCAUUGUCAGAUAGUCCUCUAAUUGAAGAGGCUCUGAAAGUUUUACCUGUUCCUGAACCGGCUAACCAGAAGACUGGUAUACCAACAGUAUCCUCUAGUUCCUACUUACAGAGAGAGAAGCCUGGUACUUUCUAUCAACAGGAAUUGCCAGAUAAUCAUCUAACUGAAGAGGGUCUGAAAAGUUCACCUGUUCUUGGACCAGCUGACCAAAAAACUGGGAUACAAACAGUGCCCUCUAGUUCGUACCCACGAAGAGAAAAGCCUGGUGUUUUCUACCAACAGGCAUUGCCAGACGGUCAUCUAACUGAAGAGGCUGUGAAAGUUUUAGCUCUUCCUGGGCCAGCUGCCCAGAACACUGGGAUACCAACAGCACCCUCUAGUUCUUACUCACAUAAAGAGAAGCCCAGUACUUUCUACCAACAGGAGUUGCCAGAUCAUCAUCUUACUGAAGAGCCUCUGGAAGUUUUAACUGUUGUUGGACCAGCUGAUCAGAAGACUGGGAUACCAGCAGUGCCCUCUAGUUCCUAUUCACAUAAAGAGAAACCUGGUACUUUAUACCAACAAGCACUGCCAGAUAGUCAUCUAACUGAAGAGGUUCUGAAAGAUUCACCUGUUCCUGGACCGGCAGACCAGAAGACUGGAAUACCAACAGUACCCUCUACUUCCCGCUCACAUAGAGAGAAGCCUGGUAUAUUUUACCAACAGGAGUUGCCAGAUAGCAAUCUGACUGAAGGGACUCUGAAAGUUUUAGCUAUUCCUGGACCAGCUGACCAAAAGCCUGGGAUACCAACUGUGCCCUCUAGUUUUUACUCACAGGGAGAGGCUCCUGGUAGUUUCUGCCAGCAGGUCUUGCCAGAUAGUCAUCUAACUGACGAGUCUCUGAAAAGGUCAGAUGUUCCUGGGCCAGCUGACCAGAAGACUGGGAUACGGACACUACUCCCCAGUUCUCACUCAUCUAGAGAGAAGCCCGGUACUUUCUACCAACAGAAUUUUCCAGAUAGUCAUCCAACUGAAGAGGCUCCGGAGGUUUCAACUGUUCCUGGACCAGGUGACCAGAAAACUGGGUUACUAAUAACUCCCGGUAGUUCCAGCUCACGUAGAGUGAAGCUCAAGAUUUCACCUGUUACUGGAUUGAAUGACCGGAAGACUGAGUCACCAACAGCUCCUGCCAGUUCCAACUCACAGAGAGAGAAGCCCAAGAUUUCAACUGUGAUUGGACCAGAUGACCAGAAGACUCCAUUAUUGACAGUUUUCUCUAGCUCCUAUUCCCAAAGGGUAAAGCCUAGUAUUUUCUCUCAACAGGAGUUGCCAGAUAAACAUCAAAUUGAAGGUAAUCUGAAGGUUUCAACUGUCCCUGAAUCAACUGAUGGGAAUAUUGGGAUACCAACACCUCUUGCUAGUUCCUCUUCACAAACAGAGAAAUCUCAUGUUUUCUACCUGUCGGAACUGUCAGACAGACGUCUAACUGAUGAUACUCCGAAGGUUUCAGCUAUUCCUGGACCAGCUGACCAGAAAACUGUGUUACCAACAGUUCCUCCUAGUUUCGUUUCACACAGAGAAAAGCCUAAUACUUUCUCUCAACAGGAUUUGCCAGACAGACGUGUAACUGAAGAUUCCCAGAAGGUCUCAAGUGUUCUUGGGCAAGCUGAACAGGUUACUGUGUUACCAGCAGUUCCCCCUGGUAUUUACUUACAUAGUGAAAAGCACAAAGUUGUUUCAGAAUGUGCCCAGAAACUAAUAGAUAAUUUUAAUUCCUCUGACCUCAGUGUUAGCUCAAAGAAUAUGCCUAUAAAUUCUCAGGUUGAGGAUAGAGUUGUAAUAAAUAAGCCAGAAACUUUACGUUUUGGAGAUUUGGGCUCUGAGGAAAUCCGGGAUAUUGACAGUGGUUCCAAAACUCUUAAAGAAAUUCAGGCACUGUUAAUGGAGGCAGAAAAUAUAGCACUGAGACGAUGCAAUAUUCCUGCUCCCCUUAUCCCUUUCAGGGAUGUCAGUGAUAUUUCAUGUAUACAAUCAAAGAAGGUGGUUUGCUUCGAAGAACCUUUUACAACUGAUGAAUGUGAUGGUGAUUUGCAUCAGAAAGAGCCAUUACCAGAGGAAAACCCAAGCAGCAGGUGCAUACAGAAGGAUAUUAGCACACAGACAAAUCUGAAAUGCCAGAGAGGCAUUGAAAAUUGGAAGUUUAUUAGUUCAACUACAGUUAGAAGUCCUCUACAGGAAGCAGAACACAAAGCCAGAGUAGCAUUAGAGGAAACCCUUAAGCAAUAUGAAACAGCCAAAUCUGUAAUGAGGUCUGAACCUGAAGGGUGUAGUGGAACCGUUGGGAAUAAAAUGGUUAUCCCUGUGAUGACUAUCAUAAAAAGUGAUUCAAGUAGUGACACAAGUGAUGGACAUGGUUCCUGCUCAUGGGACGGUAAUUUACCAGAGUCUUUGGAGUCAGUGUCAGAUGUUCUUCUAAACUUUCCAGAUGUUUCACCCAAUGCUAGCAUAGCAGAUAGCAGAGAGGAAGAGGGUGUGUCAGAGAGUGAUGAUGGUAGCAGCAGUGUAGAUUCAUUGGCUGCACAUGUGAAAAACCUUCUGCAAUGUGAAUCCUCAUUGAAUCAUGCUAAACAAAUACUGAGAAAUGCAGAGGAAGAGGAAAGUCGGGUACGAGCACGGGCCUGGAAUCUGAAGCUUAAUUUGGCUCACGAGUGUGGAUACUCCAUUUCAGAAUUAAAUGAAGAUGAUAGAAGAAAAGUGGAAGAGAUCAAGGCAAAAUUGUUUGGUCAUAGGAGAACAACUGACUUGUCCCAGGGUUUACAGAGUCCACAGGGAAUAGGAUGCAAGCCAGAAGCUGUAUGUAGUCACAUUAUUAUUGAGAGCCAUGAAAAAGGAUGUUUCAGGACUCUAACUACUCAGCAAACACAAUUGGACAGUCAUCCUUGUGUCUUCAGAUCUGAUGAACCUGAAGAAAUGAUCAGAGAACAGCAGGGCCCAUCAUCAUGGAGAGCCAGGCACAUCAACCUCUCAAAAUCAGUAGACCAGAACAACCCCCGCUUCAAAGUUUGGAAUUCCUUGCAGUUACGAAGCCAUUCCCCAUUUCAAAACUUCACAGCCGAUAACUUUAAAAUUAGCAAGGAUCUUCGAGUGCCUUUCCAUGAAAAGACUGACCCUUGGUUGUCAGAAUUAGUAGAACCUGCUUGUGUGCCACCUGAGGAAAUGGAUUUUCAUUCUUCAUCACAAAUGCUGCCCCCAGAACCCGUGAAAAAGUUGACUACCUCCAUCACUUUUUCAUCUCACCGACAUUCUAAAUGCAUUUCAGAUUCCUCUGUUUUUAAGGUUGGUGUUACUGAAGGUAGUACUGGAGCACCUGUGGGGGUAUUUAAUUCUCAUUUCACUGAAGAGCAAAAUCCUAUUAGAGAUCAAAAACAGAAAACCUCUUCCUCUUCAUCAGUUAAAAUGUAUAGUCAUUCACCAGAUACAGAUCUGACUGUUUUAGCAGAGAGCGAUAGGCAAAGCCAAAAAUUACCUGUAGAUUUUGAGCAUUCUCACCAAGAAGAAAAACUCUUAGAAGUAUCAGAUUUUAAAGUCAGUCAUUCUGAGCCCAGUCCCAUUGCAAAUUGUAGCAAUUUCAUUAGCAUGGGCAGACUGAGUUCCACACUAGGAGUAAAAGAGAAGAAUGUAACCAUAACUCCAGACCUUCCUUCACUCAUUUUUCUUGAACAACGUGAACUCUUUGAACAGUGCAAAGCCCCACAUGCAGAUAAUCACUACAUAAGAAAAAACCAUUCUCCCCCUCCUCAACAUCAAGAUUAUGUAGCUCCAGACCUUCCUUCUCGUAUUUUUCUUGAACAACGAGAGCUCUUUGAACAAAGCAAAGCCUCACAUGUAGAUUAUCAGAUGAGAGAAUACCAUUCUCCCAUUCCUCAAGGUCAGGAUUGUAUAGCUUUAGACCUUCCUUGUGACAUUUUUCUUGAACAACGCGAGCUCUUUGAACAAAGCAAAGACCCAUGUGUAGAUCACCAUGUGAAAAAACACCAUUCCCCCUUUCCUCAAGAUCAAGAAUGUGUAGUAGAAAAGGAUAAUCAACAUAAGCCUAAAUCACAUAGUUCUAAUAUGGUAAAUGUUGAAGCUAAGUUCAAUAAUACGAUCUCCCAGUCAUUCCCAAAUCACUGUACUCCACCUUCAAAUAGAAAAGCACUUUCUUGUGUUCGUAUAACUCUUUCUCCCAAGACUCCUUCCAAGCUGGAUAGUGGAACCUUAGAUAAAAGGUUACAUUCAUUGGAUUCUGUUUGUAAAUCAAGGAUGAAUAGAGAGUUUAACUCUGAACUACAAACCAUAUCUUCGAGAUCAUUGGAACCAACCUCAGAAUCUAAAUCUUCACUAGACGUCCAAGUCGUACAUUUUCCUCUUACAGAUUGUAGUACUAUUACUCAGGACUUGAAAAUCAGACCUCAGAAUAGCCAGAUAGUGACCUCAAGGCAAACCCAAGUGAACAUUUCAGAUUUGGAAGGAUAUUUCAAUCCAGAGGGGACUCCAGUAUCUGCAGAUCGACCACCAGAGGAGAUUGUGACUCCAUUUUCUGCCUUCCCUGAAAAAUUAUCAUCAGAUGCUGUCACUCAGAUAACAACAGAAAGUCCAGAAAAGACUUCGUUUUCAUCUGAGAUUUUUAUUAAUACUGAAGAUCGUGAACGUAAAAUUCCAGAGUCCCAUCCCCAGCAGGUAUACAAAGUUCCCAUCAGGUUUGCUUCAUCAUCUUCAGUCCAACAGAUUACUACUUCUCGUGGCACAGAAGCCCAGCCUUCACUGUUGCCAUAUAAGCCUUCUGGAAGUACAAAGAUGUACUAUGUUCCCCAAUUAGAAAAAAUUCCUCAGUUUCCAGAUGCCAAAUCAGACACCACUCUUGAGAGCUCCCACUCAGGGUCCGAUGAUGCCAUUGCUCCAGACUUCCCAGCUCAGGUGCUAGGCACAAGGAAUGAUGACCUCUCAGACACUGUUAACAUUAAGCAUAAAGAGGGGAUCUACAGUAAGAGGGCAGUGACUGAGCCAUCCUGGUCAGUGGGGAAAAAACCCUUUCAGAAAGACACUGCAGUUCAAGUGUCCAUCACUGGGGAUGAGGACCUCUCAGACAAAAAACUGACUAAACCUACCUCGCCUGAAGAGAAGGACAGUGCAGGUUGCAGUGCUGCUAAAGAGCACUCAGCUGAAGUACAAGACAGAAAGAUUGAAAACCUGCCCGACAUUAAAGCUAUUAAACAGAAAGAGGAGAUCUGUAGUAAGAGGACAGUUCCUAAAACAGCCUUGACAAAAGAAACAGAAUCCUUGCAGAUGGAUACUGCAGAAUCCAGAUGUCAUUCAGAAUUUGAAAAUACUACCCAUUCUGUCUUCCGGUCAGCCCAGUUUUACUUUCAUCAUCCCGUCCACCUACCAAACGAUCAAGAUUUUUGCCAUGAAUCCUUGGGAAGGGGUGUUUUCAUGAGGCAUUCUUGGAAAGAUGUCUUUCAGCGUCACCCAGACAAACAUAAAGAGCUCUCUUGUCUUUCUCCUCAUUGUCAAACUGUGGACAAGACUAAGAUGGAUUAUACCAGAAUAGAGAGCCUCCGUAUUGAUGUGAAUUUGGGUAAUAAAGAAAUGAUGCAUACAACUAAAAGUCAGGCUAGAGAUCAUCUAAAAUAUAACAGACAAAUUAAUGACCUAAAAAGGGAUCAUAAGGUCACCCCAGAGCCAACAACUCAGGGCACUGUGAGUUUGAAUGAACUCUGGAACAGGUAUCAGGAGCGACAGAGGCAACAGAAACCUCCCGAGUUUGGUGACAGGAAGGAACUAUCCUUGGUGGAGCGACUUGAUCGUUUGGCUAAACUUCUUCAGAAUCCCAUCACACAUUCUCUCCAGGCCUCAGAAAGUACAUAUGAUGGUAGCAGAGAGGAACGAGAUGUUAAGGAGUGGAGUAGUAGUAGACAGCAGCAACAGAAAAGCAAACUUCAGGAAAAAAAGAGGUAUAAAGGCCUAGAGAAAUGCCGCAAAAACGUAGGGGAUCUUAAAAAAAGCAACAUACUUUCUACUCAUCAAGCUGAGGGGCCCAAUCAGAUUAAAUUUGAACAUAUUAAAUUUAAUAAAUACAUUCUAAGAAAACAGCCAGGCUUUAAUUAUAUAAGUAACACUUCUUCAGAUUCUCGACCCUCAGAGGAGAGUGAGCUGUUCACAGAUACUACCACCAACAUCUUUUCCACCACCACUUCUCCUGUGGAAUCAGAGUAUUUGACCCAAACAGAUAAAGAGGUGGCCAUGCACGAGAGGAGCAGCUCCAUUUCCACCAUUGACACUGCCCGACUGAUUCAAGCUUUCGGCCAUGAAAGAGUAUGUUUGUCACCCAGGCAAGUUAAAUUAUAUAGCACUAUCACCAACCAACAAAGGAGAUGCCUUGAGAAGCGGUGCAAGCAGAGCAAGAAAGCAGUGAACACAGGUCAUUUCCAUGUGACUGCUGAGUACACCGGAAGGAAAAACAUCCAGAUGGAAGACCAGAUGAUUUCUUCUGACUCUGUUUCGUCUUCUGCUAGUAGUUUCUGGAGCUCAAGCCCAAUCCUUUGCGGCAAGCAAAAUGUACAGAUGUUAAACAAGGGUGUCCAAGCAGGUAACUUGGAGAUUGUGAAUGGUGCCAGAAAACACACCCGAGAUGUUGGGGUGACUUUUCCAACUCCAAGUUCGAGCGAAGCUAGAUUAGAAGAGGACAGUGAUGUGAGUUCUUCUCUGUCAGAAGAAAAACAUGAAGAGAAAAGGUUCCUUGCCAGUUAUCCCUUGGAUAAAAAGUUAAGGAAGAACAAGCCAAAUUGCUGUGAAGGAAUUUCGUGGUUUGUUCCUGUCGAAAAUUUGAAGUCUGGACCUAAGAAGGAAAAUCUGCUCAAAUCUUACGGCCCUGGCAUCUCCUGGUUUGAACCAAUAACAAAUGCCAAACCCUGGAGGGAGCCACUGCGGGAAAAGAACUGGCAAGCACAGCGGAUGGACUGUCGAGGGUGCCUAGCAGACCCUUGCAGAGGUGAAUGCGUGCACCCGCUGAAGCCAUUUGUGAGAGCAAGCCUACAGGAAUCACUUCAGUUUCACAGACCUGACUUCAUCUCUCGUUCUGGGGAGCGGAUAAAGCGCCUGAAGUUAAUAGUCCAGGAGAGGAAGCUGCAGAAUGUGUUGCAGAGUGAGCGGGAUGCGCUGUUCAACACCGGGAGAGACUGUCAGGGCUGCCAGGAUCGCAUGUGCCCACCACCCAGGCCAGGCUUCCUGGCUGCCCAGAAGAGCAGAACUAUUGGAAAGAAGGAAAUGAUUCAGAGGUCUAAACGGAUGUAUGAGCAACUUCCAGAAGUUCAGAAAAGGAAAGAAGAAGAGAAGAGGAGAUCAGAAUAUAAGUCAUACCGGCUGCGAGCCCAGCUAUAUAAAAAGAAAGUGACCAAUGAACUCUUGGGGAGAAAAGUUCCCUGGGACUGACAUAAGAUUAUUUUCCUCAGACCCCUGGAAGUAUAUAUUAUAAACCUGGAGAAUCACAAGCCUUACUUUUAUGACUCUGCAUUUAAUAAAACUUAUGUCCAUGUGUAAUUUAGAAAUAACGUUCUAAAGAGUCUGGGGCAGAGCCCUGAUUAAAGUCAUUCAUGGUUUGGAAGCAGUGCUUUCUCCACAGUGGCCUUGCCCACCCAACUGUUUUGUUACAAUGAUUACCUCUUAAUUCUAGCUUAGAGUGAGUCCAUUUUUGUACGUGUUUUAAUACUUUUAGAAAAUAAAUAACUUUUGAUUGAUUCAUAGUGAAGCAAGCACAGAGGGUCAUUUCUUUCCCAUCUGAGAUGUGCAGGGAGCUGGGCAGUGUCU